AUGCCGUUGCCGAGACCAGCUGCCCUCCGGGGCUCCAUCCAAUCCUUUUCUCUCAAGCGCGCAGGAACCCAAGCUCGGACGAGUCUUCGUGCCGUCGGUCGGAGGACAUAUGCCAGUGAGCAUGGCGCACAAAAGAGCAGCGACCUUCCUUGGUUGAUCGGCUCAAUCGUGGUCACCGUCCCAGCUGCUGGUUGGCUCUGGCAGCAAGGUCCGACCAAGUCCGACCACGGCCAUGGCCAUGAAGAAAAGGUAGUUGAAGAAGCACCUGCUGAGGAGUCGAAAGAAGAGGAAGAAUCACCUAAGGAGGAUUCAGACAAGGACGAGGACGGCAAGCAGGAGGAGGGCAAGGACGAGGGCAAGGAGGAAGGAAAGGAUGAAGGAAAGGAUGAAGAAAAGGACGAAGAAAAGGACGGAGGCAAGGACGAAGGCCAGGAGAAAUCAGCCGACAAGGGUGAAAACAAAGAUAAGGAGGUGACUCCCAAAGGCACGGCUAUACCCGAUGACAAGGCGAGGACGUCAGAGGCAAAAGGCGCCAAAGAUGCUCAAGGCGAUGUGUCUGGUUCGAAUAACCCCUUUAUGGGUUCAUCAGGGGAGGAACACAAGCCUGAGGGUCCGGCAGCGACUGCGAAGAUUCAUGGCACCGUCGACAAGUCCAAGAGACCCGAGGAACCGCCCCGGCCUGACGAGACAGACCAGAAGAAGCAGCCGGAGUGA